AACUCAGAGGAGGAAAGUUUGACCCAAACACCGUGAAGAUGUCAAACACCGCGAGGGGCCGACAAGAUAGUGCGGCACUGUUUGUUCUCUCCGCAGUAUGCUUAGCCUUAAUAACAAUUAUCAGCGUUUGGAAAUUAAAGCAAUUCAAAUACAGACUCAUUAAUGAAGCUGGAGGUGCAAUGUUUUACGGUGUCUUUCUGGGCUUAGCCAUCAGGUACUUGUGGGUGGACCGAGAGGAGCAUUUGGAGAACAUGGGCAGUGUUUGUUCUUGCCACGGUCUAAACAACACUCCUCAUGUCAUAAUGGUCAACCUCUCAUCCCGUGAGCACUGUUAUAGACUUAUUGAAAAGAAGGGCCAAAGAUGCUCGCAGCUCCCAAGUCCUCACACGGCUAUGCUUGAUCCGCAAAUCCUUUUUGACCUUUUCCUGCCCCCCAUCAUCUUCUUUGGGGCUUACACCCUGAAUCAGAGCCGAUUCAUCAAGAAUCUGGGCUCUAUUGUGACCUAUGCUUUUCUGGGCACCAUGAUCAGCUCCUUGUGCAUAGGGGCCCUUGUCUACGGCUUCACCAGACUCAUGGUGCUUCUGAGACGAGCAGCAGAUGGAGAGUUCUCCCUCACUGACUGCCUCCUGUUUGGCGCAAUUAUGUCAGCCACUGAUCCUGUCUCAGUCCUCGGGCUAUUGUCGGACCUACGUGUGGAUUCGGAUUUGCACGCCCUGCUGUUUGGCGAGAGUGUCCUUAAUGAUGCCGUGGCCAUUGUCUUGACACAUGCCAUCACCUCCUAUGACCAGAUGGAAACAGGAAACGUCUUUCAGACACCUGCUUUCUUCCGCUCUGUUGGUUUCUUCGUCGGAGUGCUCAUUGGCUCCUUCCUUCUUGGAUUCAUAUUCACAGUAAUAACAGCCCUCCUCACCAAACUCACCCGACUCCAUGAGAAUCCUCUGCUGGAAACAUCAAUCUUCUUCCUGCUGUCCUGGAGCAGCUUCCUCUCAGCAGAAGCCUGUGGACUGUCAGGCAUUGUGGCAGUUCUGUCUUGUGGCCUGAGUCAGGCAAAGUACACAAGUCUCAAUUUGUCGCACGAGGGGAGUACAAGAACCAAACAGCUCUUUGAAGUCCUCAACUUCCUCGGGGAGAUUUUCAUCUUCGGCUACAUGGGAUAUAUAUGGUUUACAUUUCGUCACCAUGCCUUCAGAGCUCUCUUCAUCUCUGGAGCAUUUUUAUCCAUUUUUAUUUCUAGAGCCUGCAACAUCUACCCUUUGUCUUUCCUGAUAAACCUGGGUCGUACAAAGAAGGUUUCCCGCAACUUCCAACACUUUAUGGUGUUUGCAGGUUUAAGAGGGGCCGUUUCUUUUAGCCUGGCUGUAAGAGACACUUCAACAGAAGCACGGCGCACCAUCCUCACCACCACUCUGCUUCUGAUUGGCUUCACCGUCUGGGUGCUGGGUGCAGCUGCCGAUCCCCUGCUGGGCCAUCUGGACCUCAGAGUGGAAGAGGAGACAGACUGCAACCUUCAGGAUGUUUCCUCUGAGGUUGAUACGGAGAGGCAGGACACAUCACAAAGCCUAUGGCACCGUCUGGACCACCGAUAUCUAAAUCCCCUGCUGACCCACUGUGGCCCCCCGCUAACCGACUCGCUGCCACAGUGGUGUGGUAGGUUUGCUGGAGUCUUCUGUGGCCACCAAAAGCAGGAGGAUGAGGAGCAGCCCUUUGAGACUGAACCAGAGAACUUUGACUUCAAUUUGGACAAAUCUGAUCUUCCGUCCACACGAAGCGACUCUGGGUCAGAGCAGCAAGAGGACCUGCUGGAGGGAGAUUUGGGCCUUGGCACCGGAGCAGCUCACGUCAUUGAGGAGUGAAUUUUCCCACUCUAACUUUGCCUUAUUAUUCCCCCCUGUUGCCUUAAUGCUAGCCCCCACCUCCCACAGAGCGCAGGGACCAUGAUCUGUUUAUUUCAAAGCCACUGAGUGGGAGUUUGUUACUGUGACUUGCAUAAGGUCACACAACCCCCAUGUGUUGAGUUGUGUGCAAAAACACACUCGCGCUGGAAGGAAGAGACAAUUAGUGAAGGCUGCCAUUCUUCCUGUUUCUCUGCUGGAUGUAUUGUCCUGCUUUGUUUUAAAUUUAUUUUCAUCUGCAGGAGCAUGUCUGUAAAUUAGAAUCAAAAAGUUAAUUUAUUUCAAUUCAAAAAGUGAACCUCAUACAUAGAUUUAUUACACAGAGGAAUAUCACACGAUAUUAAAAGAUAAUUAUUUUUUAACAAGAGAGGCUAUGUUAUGGGAGUAUUAAAUUCUACAGACUCAUGGGGGAUGCUGUCGAUUUGACUGUCCUCCACAACGAGUGUAAGCUACAACAGGUUAGUUGCUAAAGAACCUGGCUGUUCUUUGUGUGCUGUAUCCAAAAUAUUAAUGAAGAGUUGAGUGGAAGGAUAAACUAUAAUAGGAAAAGGUCCAUAACCAACAGGAACAAUAGGAUUUCAGCCUAACGCCCAUUCAAGAGCAGAUGAAGUCAGUGCUUCAGAAGUUAUCAAACACCACAGCAUUCAGAACAUCAGAUAAAAUUGUCACAUUCCUUGUGGUAAGCCACUCCGGAACCAGAGACAACAUUCCUGAUAAGUGUGUUACCUGGUAUGAUAGGAAAAAGGACUACUUCUGCCUCAUGGUCCUAAGUCCAGCUGUUAUAUUUAAGUACAUUUUGCAUUUAAUUUCCAAAUUAGAAUCUCUGAGUCUGGACGAAGAGCGAAGAGGAGCAGAAUCCAAAUUGGUUGAGCUCGAGCGUGAGUUUUCCACUAAGUUUUCUGUUAGUAUGCAGUCAUGUUCAGUGAAUUAGAAUAUGUCUUGCAAUGAAGCUUAUUUGUUAAAUUCAAAGUAUUUUUUGAAAAUAACAUUUAAGCAGGUAUUAAACGUAGUUUUUAUUGAA